AUGUCCAACAAUACUGCGCCAGCAGAGAAUCAUGUCCAUGAUACUACCCAAGAGACUUCACGAGAAAAUAAAGAAAAAUUGAAAGAAGCUUCAAUAGGUCAUCCCGAAAUGCGUGAUAUAAAUAUUUUAACAUACGACGAAGUCGGCACUAUUCAGUCUCACAUCAGAAUCAUCGAACUCGUCGCCCCAACCCCACAAAACCCACUUUCCAUCGUCGUAGUCACAAAACCAGGAAACCCACCAUACCUCGCAACAGCUGAUUUCUCACGUCAAAACAUUCAAGAACAAGUUGAUUCCCAAGAUCCUUCUAAUACAAGCACUCAGACCACAAUUCUCCCUACUCUCAUAAAUAUUCCAGAGCGAAAUGUAUCAAAUCAAGAUAUUGACGUUCAGGGGAUGAAUCGUAUGAUCAAGAUCCCCCUCCAAAUACCGACGAGUCGAGAUCCAAAUGCCAAUAUUCAAGGUAGAGGUAAUGGAUAUUCUACUUCCCAUGAUCCUGAGAAGGAUGUGCCAGUCAAACCUAUCACAUACGCACCGGGAUACCCCUCCACUGCCGCAAUCAUCUCAACGGAUCCAGAGCUGUCAGUCUACCGACGUUUCGACAGGCUUAACGCUCGAAACUUCUUAUACUAUCAAGCAGAAUUGAUGUAUCUGGAAUCCGAAUUGGAUAAGUUAGACGACGAAGAUAAUGUAAAAGAAGAUGCGGAAGGGAAAUAUCAUCUCAGGCAUUUUAAGGAGUUGUGGGAAGGUACCGAUUCGAGAACACUGGAGAGGAAAAGGCUGGUAAUGGAUAUGAGGUACUUGUUGAAGGAGUAUAAUAUUUCGAUGGUUCAAUAUAAAGACCUUCUAAACUAUUCGGAACCCUCAAAUCGAGUUUUAACAUCUAUCAGAAAUUGGAGAAGGAACCAAGGAGAUCCACCCAUCAUCGACAUCUCAGAAACAGCGUAUGAUAAGUGCUUUGAAUCGGACUUAAUGGCCCUUAAGCCCCCCAAGUCCGAUGAUCCAAUAACAAUAUUCGUACAGGACAACCUCGGAAGGUUCUUCAAAAAACCAAAACCACCACAAAUCCCAAACUCCGACAACGUUCUCUACUACUCCGAAACAGCAAUCGAUCUAUUCGUCACUAUCAUCUGCACACUUCUUGCAAUAGUAGUACUUGUAGGAUCGAUGACUACUUUGUACUUUGUGGAAUCACAGGGACUUAGAUUGGGACUCGUUUGGGUAUUUACGUUUUUAUUCGCGAUAUCGAUUUUCUUGAUGGCCAAUUUGUCCAAAGGGGAGAUUUUCUUGGCUACAGCUGCUUACUGUGCUAUUUUGGUGGUUUAUAUUAGCGGAGGAUAG